AUGAUCAAUUUCUAUGAAGGUCUCAACCUUGAAUUAUACGAGUCUAUUUUAAAUGGCACAUUCGUACCUACUACUCUAGUCCCCAGAAUUCCURCUGCUGGUGACACGGUCGAAGUACCCGCAAGGCRAGUUCCCAAGCUCCRUAGAGAUUGGGACGAUGAAGACAAAAGAAGGGUGGAAAUGGAUCAAAAAGCCAAGAGGCUUUUCAUCAUGGCCCUUCCCAAUGAGAUUUUUCAAUYUAUGGAUGCCUGCGAUUCUUCCACAUWCCUAUGGGAUCAAUUGGCWGACCAGCUGGAAGGAGGAAUUAAGAUGAAGAAGAACCAUCUUGCUCAAUGUCUGAAUGAGCACAACAGUUUCCAAGCUCUCCCAGAUGAGUCUCUCGAGCAGAAUUAUCACCGGUUCAACACCCUGAUCAACAAAUGUAGGAAGUGUGAUGUGAUCAGGACUCAAGAGGAAAACAACAUGCUCUUCUUGAAGAUGUUGAAUGUUGAAUGGGGGAACUUAUCCAUGUCCCUCCAGGCAAAUCAUGACCUGGAGCAGUGGAGUCUUCAUGACGUAUACGACACCUUGCAAGCGCAGGAGCAAGAGGUGCAGAAGGCCAAGAGGAGCCUCAUGGCCGAGCAAGAAAACUGUGUGUCUGACUCCUCGUCUGAAGAAGAAGACCAAGCUCACUUAUGUGGCAUGGCUGUUGAAAAUGAUGCAGAAGAGUCGGGAUCUGGCUCCGACUCCCAGGCACUAGAACAAGUGCCUCGAACCUGGACACGCAUAGGAACAACCCUAGAGGGCGAGGGCGUAGAAGAGGCAGAAAGGCCUUUACCUGCAGGGGAGAAAAUAAGGAAGGAUAUAAGGAGGGAGCAGAAGAGGAAGAGGCUGGAGGCCAAGAAACAGAGAGAGAAGGAAGAAAAAGAAAAGGAAAGGCAGGUAGAGAAGGAAAGAGAAGAAAAAGAAAGACAAGAAAGAGAGGAGAGAGUAAGAAGAGAGGAAGAGGAGAAGACAAAUGACGGGGAAGACGCUCUUGAUGAUAAUGUUGGCAUAGCUGUUGAAUUUAAAGAGAGUAAAGAGGAUGAUGAGGGAGGAGCGGGAGAAGUUGCUUUGGCUCCGGAAGAGCCAGAGCAGCAUAGGACAUUAAAUAGGCACAUUUAUUUCCCAAGCCCAACUCCCAGUGCAAGCACAUCAUCUGAAUCUGUUGGUCGAGCAACAUGA